AUGCCCCACACCGCGCGCAAAAGGCGCACUCCCCAGAAACGACUGCAAGUCACUGCCGACGAUGGCUGGACUCAUGUCACCAGCGGCAAUAAUGUGCGCCGGCUCCUGCGCAAUGCCAACCACGCCCCCACACCGACCGGAUCCCAACCCCACGAUAACCACAACCACAACCCCGUGCUGACCCCGGCCGAGGCACCGAGUCGGUUGACGCUGUCAGAGCUGCAGGCACAGUACCGGGCUCAUCGGGAGCGGUGGGAGGGCUCGGAGACGUGGUGGGGGCUGGCGGCUUAUCUUGCGGAGAGAUUGGGAGAAGAAGAAGAAGAAGAGAAGAGUUCAGCAGAUGUGACGUCUUCUUCUUUGGCUUCCGCUUCAGCUUCAUCUCACACCCCCGUGGAUUCCAUCAUGUGCAUCGGACUCGGUAGUCCGAGCGGAUUCCUGCGCGAUGGCUGGGUCGACCGGCGCAGUGUAUCGCUAUACCAGCUCGCAGCGCUGGCAAGCGUGAAAGACUAUAUAACUCAAAAAAACCCCUCGAUCCCAAUCUACGCCCAAGACCCCGUCUUCAACACCCUCGACCAUGCCCUCCUCGAGUCCCUGGGGAUAAAAACCCUCCCCGACCCCGCCGCCUUCGACAUCGUCACCCCCAAAACCCUCCUCUUCUGCCCCGGCGCCGAACGCCAGCACCUCGAGCGGCUGCUGCCCGCGCAGCCGGCGCUCGUGUUUGGGGGCCCGUUGGAGCAGAGCGACUCGGCGGAGAUCGAGGCGUUUGUGGCGCGGACGGAGUCGCGUGCUUUGCGCGGGUUUGGGCCGCUGGAGCAUGCUUUUUGGAAGAUGAGGGUUUAUUUUUGGAAUGGCCCGAAAGAAAUGUAA